GCGGAGUCCCGGCCCCGCGGGUUCGCGUCCGCCCGCGCCCGGCGGCGGGGCCGGAGCGGGGCCGAGAGCGGAGAGCGGCGGCGGGGCCGCGAGGGACAUGGGCCCGCCGCAGGGGUGAGCAGCGCCGCCCGCCAUGAGCUGCACCAUCGAUAAGAUCCUGACGGACGCGCGGACGCUGCUGGAGCGGCUGAAGGAGCACGACACGGCUGCCGAGUCGCUCAUCGACCAGUCGGCCGUGCUGCACCGGCGCGUGGCCGCCAUGCGGGAGGCGGGCGCGGGCUGCGCCGACCAGGGCCCGGGCCCCGCGGCGGAGCGACCCGACCCGUCCCGGCUGCGGCCGCACGUGGUGCUGGCGCAGGAGAACACGCAGAUCCGCGACCUGCAGCAGGAAAACAGGGAGCUGUGGGUCUCACUGGAGGAGCACCAGGACGCGCUAGAACUCAUCAUGAGCAAGUACAGGAAGCAGAUGUUACAGCUGCUGGAAGGGAGAAAACGUGAAGAGGCAGAACCGGUCUUGAAAGCCCAUCAGGCUAAUUCUGGGAGCACACAGGUUGUAACAGCUGUCCCACAGGACACUGAGGCACGACCCCUUCACAGCCCAGGUGGAGGAUUUUUCUUUGAACCAGGUGGUGACUUCACUGGGUUAAUCUUAAUGUACCUGAUCCUCUAUAGUCGUAAAUCAAAGAUGUCCAAGUUGUUACCAUUCUUGUUCAGUAGCUGUAACAAAGGAGAAGAAAGCCCUCCUAAACGUCUGUGAGCUGUAUAUGUUUAGUUCUUAGGAGAUUUCAGUCCCUAGUAUUUUUAAAUCAAGAUACUCUGUGCAGUGGCCCAAAGUGUCCCUUUGUACACAUUAGGCUCAGCGACUUCAGAGCUCUGAGAUGUGGCUGCUGAUAAAUGCUGCCUGUUUCAUGUUGAGGUAUCUAGUAACAAUAGAAUAACAUUAAGCUUCCAUUCUAAACGUAGGAAUUGUGUUAGGCAUUUUUAAAAAUGCAUUUUUAUCUGAUUAGAGAACAGCAGGUUGGUUCAACCCAGUGACAUCUCAUAUCUUGUAGUUUUUUCAUUGGAACUGGAGCUAGCCUAGCUCUUCUCAUGUGUUUCUUUGCUCUGGUAUAUGGCAACUCACUGCUUCUCUUUUCUGAGUUGCUUAACUCCUCUGAAGAUAAGUAAUGUAGCUACAUUUAGUUUCCAGUGCCUCCCUGUGUGCACAAAUUGCUGUUUAUGAAGGUUUUACAUUUGAACAAAAUUUGGCAGUGCAAAGCUGAAAAGGCUCUGAAGGAAUCCU